GCAAUUGCCCAAACAACCACCCACCAUAGCCCCAUGAGUCGUCGCUUCCAAUCACUACCGGCCGCUGCCGUACAACCUCACCCAUGAAGUCUAUUUUCAAUCGCUUCAGCCGCUUUCAGCCCACGACGUUCAAAGUCAGCUACUCUCCUGAGUACAGGACGUACCUCCAGCACCAUGCCGCGAGCGACUGGCUGCACCCGCUGCACAUCCUGCGCAGGCGCGAGCUGGCAGAGCGCAAGAGAGAAGCUCUCUGGUGGCAUGUCACUUCCGGCAUCGACCUCUCCAGGUCCUCAGUAGUGCGCUCAUGGUGCAGGAGGCGCUUGCGCGGUGCCUUCACCGAAGGCUUGAAAGAACGGGGCUUUGACGAGUUCGGCAGGCUGCUCAACGUCGCCAAGUUGCGCGAGCAGAAGGGUUUUAAGAGCCUGUCGGAACGGAAUGCGGAUUUGAGCCUGGACGGAAGUGUGCGACUGCAUAUCACACCGGCGUUGGUGACAGCCAAGUACGCGGAUGUGCGGAAAGAAACGGGUGGCAUAAUCGAUAUCCUGGUUGAAGCGCUUAGAGAUAACUUGCAAGCGUCACACCUUUCUAACCCGCGACCGCAGCCGCGUUCACAGCCAAAGACCCUUCCGCAGUCCAAGGCUCCUUCGCGACCGAGAGAAACAGCAUCACAGGUACUACCGAGCAACCAGUCGCAGGAAGGACAAUUGUCACAACUCAACCUACCCUCGCACACAAAGGCGCAGUCUCCGGUUAUUCGAUACCGGUCAACUCCUUCGAACUCCCAUCCACCCAAAAUUUCUACGAAACGCAAGACACAACAACCGCCCGACAACGCCAAGCCUCAACGGCACAGCCGGGACACGCAAUGAACCCCUGAUACAUCGUAGAUGCUUCGCAAGACCAUACGAGAAGAGUCUGAGACAACGCGUGACUUGGAGCACACCUGAAUGUGACAUAGCAUCUCUUGUCGAAUGGCAACGUAACAAUUGCCAGGACAAAUGAUUGUACAAGUGGCUUGCCCUGGAUGAUCGACAGAUGACCGAUACGUCGUAGCUACCCCAACGUACACGACAUGCUCCAGUAGGCGCUUGUAGCAUUGAGAAAGAACUCAUGAUCACUAUACUACGAGCUGCUCUGGUUACACUUCAAACCGCAUACAACGAACGAUAGAUCUCAACUCUGAAGCAGUACAUGACAAACAGGUAGAAUUAGAGUCCAUG